AUGCGCAUGGCUUCGCCUACUUGUCCCUCCCCUGCUUGCCACAUUCCCCGCGCCACCAACCUCUCUCUCUCAUCGUGCUCAUCCUUCCGCGCGUCCACAUUGGUGCCUGUUCCGCAAUCCGCGGCACCGCGAAUCCAACGACCGUCGCUGGCCGUUCGAUGCGCAUCUGACGGUGAGGAUGGGGACGGAGGGGGCGGGAGCAAGUCGCGGCUGGGAAGCAUCAUCCGCCGGAAACACGCUACGGUGCAGGCGCGGCUGCAGCAGAUGGGGCAGGACGAGGUGAAUCGCCGCCUGGAGGGCGCAGUGCGUCUGCACCCGCCCGCACAUCCGUACCCCGUUCCUUCCACCUUCCCCCCUUCCUCCGGCCGACCCCUCCCCUUUCCCACAGGCGCGGCUGCAGCAGAUGGGGCAGGACGAGGUGAACCGCCGUCUGGAGGGCGCAGUGCGUCUGCACCCGCCCGCGCAGCUCACAGACCUGCUGCUGCGCGGGGCCCCGGGCGCGGAGGGCGGGGGCGGCCUGGAGGGGCCAGGGGGGGCGGAUUGGGGGCGCACGACGCUGGUGGUGGAGGUGGCGCGCGCGCGCGCCCGUCCGAGUCCCCUGAGAGCCUUGCCAGGCGCUGCCAACAAUACGUUGCUCUUGGCCGCUCCCCUCCGGACCAGAUUCCUUACCCUUCCCCCAUCGUCCCCCCUCCCCUUUCAAGAGCGGGCACAAUGAUGGUUUGCUGGCCUUCGCUUAGAGUAGAAAGAGCCACCGCUCUCCCCUCUCCCACCCCUCUCCCUUCCCCCCCUCCUUCCCCUCCCACCGCUCUCCCUUCCCCCCCUCCUUCCCCUCUUCUCCCCUGCCGCUUCCCCAGGAGCGGACACGGUGAUGCCACGGCUCCAAUGCUCGCCUUUGCCUUUGGACUGGGAGUUGACGUGGCAGUAGAGGUGGUGAAUCUGGAGGAGCUGAAGCGACUGGAGCCGCUCGCCAUUCCCCUCUAUGGCCUCAACCUCUCUGUUGGGCUCGCUGUGUCAGCACCCGGGUUCAGGCAGAGCGUAGCCAGGUCGUUGCUCUCCUCCAUGCCCUUUGGUGCUGCUGCUCUCGUUGGCGCCUCAUCUGUGGAGGAUGUGCGGAUGAUGAAGGCAGCAGGUGCGACAGCAAUUGUGCUCAAAAGGGAGGUGUUUAAAGGGAUGGAGGGCGGUGGCACGGGGUUGGGAGAGAAGGAGGAGGAGAAGGCCUUGCAAGUCCUAUGCCUUCGCGACUCGUCUGCUGUAUAUGACACCCUCGGUUCCGACUCUGCUGCUGCAAUUGUCCCUUCUCCUGAUGAUGGUGAUGACAUUGCUGCUGCUGCUGCUGCUGCUGCUGCUUCUGAAUGGUCUGCCGUGCGAGGGAAGCAGCGGCAGGGGCAGGGGCAGGGGCAGGGGCAGGGGCAGGGGCAGGGGCAGGGGCAGGGGCAGGGGCAGGGGCAGGGGCAGGGGCAGGCGCAGGGGCAGGGGCAGGGGCAGGGGCAGGGGCAGGGGCAGGGGCAGGGGCAUGGGGCAGGGGCAGGGGCAGGGGCAGGGGCAGGGGCAGGGGCAGGGGCAGGGGCAGGGGCAGGGGCAGGGGCAGGGGCAAGCCUACUGAGAGCUUGGCAUGGAAGUACGUCACCCAGCCGCCAUGCUCUGCCCCUCAACCACCUCCUUGUUGUGCUCUUGAACGACCUCCGUAUGGUGCUCUCGCAGCAGGUGCUUCGCCCACGGGCUGCGUAA